AGCUCUUCUUUGGUUAGGCUCUCUGUACAAAAUGGCAUUUCUUCUGCAACUUCCAUCGUCAUCUCUAGCAUUCCCGCACUUGGCGAAUCCUAUCGUCGGAAAAGCAUCGGUGUCUCGAACUCCACAAUUUCGAAAACCACCUCGGACGCGACUGUUGCGCUGUUUUUCGUUGAUUGGGAAUAGGUCUGUGAAGUACUUGCUGUCUGGCUCUCUCGCACUUGCGCUCUCCUUCACUGGAGUUGGAUUUGCUGAGGGAAAGGUUGGGGUGAACAAGCCAGAAUUGCUGCCUAAAGAGUUUACUACAGUAAUUGAUGUUGCUGGUUUCUUGUCUGAUGGCCAGGAGAAGAGAAUUGCACAGGAGAUCGAGGCAAUCGAAAAGGAUACGGGAUAUAAACUGAGGGUUUUGGCUCAGAAUUAUCCCGAUACUCCCGGUUUAGCGAUCCGGGAUUUCUGGAGUGUGGAUGAUAACACUAUUGUAUUUGUUGCUGAUCCCACAUUCGGAAACAUACUUAACUUCAACGUCGGGGCUACCGUGGAUUUGGACAUCCCGCGUAGUUUCUGGAGCCGAUUAGCAGGGAAGUAUGGGAACAUGUUUUAUUGGAAAGAAAAGGGAGAAGACACUUCGAUUGAAAGUGCUGUUAACGCCAUUGCCACCUGCCUAAGGGAACCAGUCGGUCCGAACAACUGCUCAGAUGUAAAAUAACAACUGUUCGUCCAUACAAAAUUUUCACACUAAGGUAUUCUCUUUACAGGGACCGAAUUGAAUUUGUAAAACAUAACAAACAUGUUAUAUGUGAUUGUAUUCUCACAUAUAUAAAUUGUGAAUGUCGUAAAGAAUCGAGUCAUGUAUCUAUGCUGCUUCUGCUUCUAUGCUCUAGUCAGCAUACAGAAGCCGUGCCUCGAAUCUUGUCUUGUAGGAUGCUUCUCAGCUCGUCGGGUUGACACGGGAUCGCAAGGGCGCCCUUGUGCUGAAACCCGUACUCUUCUUCGGCGAGUUCCAAUAGCCUCAAGAAUGCGGGAUUCUGUAGAAUGGUGAGUUCGACCACAAACCUCAUUGGCUCCUCGUUCUUGACUGCCAGAAUAGUGAAACACCCUUCCCGGACGUCUACGUCUACGCUCUGAUGACAACUUCCUCCGUCGACGCCAACUCUUGCCGAGCCAUGAAAGCAUUUCUGCAGCUUUCUUAUGAUCAAGGUCAGCUUUCUUGCUACUACUGAAACCAUUUUGUUGAUUUGGAGAAAUAAAAGGUAUUGUUUUUAUGUGUAGGAGUGUUCUUGAUAGAAGUGUUUGAUAUACACAUAUAUAUAUAUGUGUGUGUGUGUGUGUAGCUGGAGAAGAGGAAAGUUCUGAGAUGGUAAGAAAAUGUGGGAAGGGAUUUAAUGGCUGCAUUUAAUGAGUGUUUCUUCUUCUUCUUGA